UGUGAAGGGUAAUUGAGUUGGCGGCUAUUUGAUUUCGGGGAGAAGAAAACAAGAGGCGUAUUUGAUUUUGGGGAAUCGGCCACCACAAUUUUCACUCGGUCCCGACCUGACGAGGAGGAUUCACUGCAGGGGAAGAGAAAGAUCAUGGCGUCGAUUUGUCUCUUCAGCUCCAAAACCCUAGUUUUGCCGUCGGCGGCCUACCUACCAGUAUCCUCCUCAUCUACAAGCCAUAGUUUCUGUGUUCGUGGCUGCAGAUGCUCUUUCCCAAACAGGCCAAUUGCGAAUUCUAAUUUGAUAAUUGGGAGAAGGAGAACGGGGAGGCUGGUGGUUCGAAUGGCCCCGGAGGAAGAGAAACUUACUCGUCGCAAUCCUCUCGAUUUCCCGAUUGAGUGGGAUAGGCCUAAGCCAGGUCGUAGACCAGACAUCUUUCCUCAAUUUAGCCCCAUGAAAACACCAUUGCCACCACCAUUGCCAUGCGAUCCCCCUGAAGAAGACGAAGAGGAGGAAGAGAAGAAAGAGGAAGAAGAGGAAAAUCCUGACAAGGAAAAUCCUGAUGAGCCUGAGAAGCAGUAGAUGUAGUCUUUUUGAAUAAUUCCUUGAGUUCCUUCCUUCUUUUCCAUUUUCACUUUGUUUCUUGAUAGGCUGAAAGCAUUAGAAAUCCUAAGGGGAUGAUGAGCUGAGAUAUUCAACCUUGACCCAAACAUGUUUGAGUGCUACUAUUGAUAUUGCAAUUCUGUACUGAUAUUGAAUAGGAUUUCCUAUUCUCUUGAGUCUCAAUCCCCCACUUCAGACAAUGUAUUUUAUGAAUAAUUAUCAUGAAUGAUAUGCCUUGUCUCCGAUUUCUAGUCCA